AUGGAAGAUCACUUUUUCCACCACCAGCCCGACCACCUUCAGACCCAACUCUUUUCCUCCUUAGAAUCGUUCGAGUCCGAUGUUUCGAGCCGCUUCAAGAGCCUGUUCUUGAAUCCAAGACCCGCGUCGGAGCCCAUCUCCUUCUCUUGGAUUCGCCGAUGCUUUGAGCUCUUGCCUCACAUGAACAGGGCAUUUUCGCAGCUGGUGGUGGGAUUGGACCACCCCAUGAGCAAGUGGGAAGCUGGCACUGCGGGGGCUUAUCUGAGUUACAGCUUGAAUGUGCUGGAGCACAUGAAUCUGAUCAGCUCAAGUAUUUCUCAUCUGGGCCAAGCCAGGGUCUGUCUCACCCAUGCUUUGAGCUUGGCUGAUGCUUCACCGUCUCAUGCCCUGCAGCGUUUGAAGGCCCUUCAGCCAGAAGAAGCUUUUACCAAGGAUCUCAAAGUGGAAGAAACAAAAGAAGAUGGUGACCAAGAAAGGGCUUGUUCUGGGAAGGACCUGUUAGUUCGGAAAGCUUUGAUUGUUAUGAAGGGUAUUGAAUCUUGGGUUUGUGGGGUUUUGAUUUCUGCUUUCACUGGAGAUGUAAAACCAUACAUCGAAAUGAGAACAGGGGCCACCAAGGUUCUCAGCUCUUCCUUGGUCAGUCUGGAAGCAGGAUUUUACGAAGAAUUGCUGGAGAAAGGUAGUGUCUUGAAAGAGGUUCGGGAGAUUAAUGGUUCGGUGGCUUGCGUUGUUGCUGCAUUGGAAGAUGGGAAAACCAGUAAUGAAGUUGGGGAAUUGAAGAUGAUAUUGGAAGGAUUAGAGAAGAUGUUGGAUGGAUUAAGGGAGGAGGUGGAUGCUCUCUUCGGUGAGGUCUUGGCAAGCAGAAAUCAAAUGAUCGAUUGCUCAAGACCAGGAACGCAUUAG